AUGGCCGCCAAACUGCAUUGCGACUCUACCUUAAAUGAGGACUCAGGUCAACGACGUCUCAAGAUCGAGCCUCGAGGUUGUACUGGCUUGGAGGGUCAACCUGGAGUGUGUAUGUUCAACUUCGAGUGUUACCAGAAUGAGGGUCAGGUCGUGGGGACGUGUAUUGACGGGUUCCUCUUCGGCGCCUGCUGCGAUAUGCCUCUGGGGAGUGGAUCGUCGCUUUUGAUGUCUCAAACAGAGAAAGAAAACAUUAACGAGAAACAGAAGGUUGAAAAGGGCGAUAAAACACAAGAUGAUGAUAAUAAACAAAUAGAGAAGAAAGGUAAUAAGGAGGAGGAGGAGGAGGAGGAAGGAAGUACUACCCCUCAGACUACACAAGAGAAGGAGGAGGAAGGAAGUACUACCCCUCAGACUACUUCGUUAUCUACUACUACUGAAGGUCUUCCCACUAUAACCAGCGUCUCUCCUGAAGAAGUAUCCACUGGGUACGCUGACGAGGGUGAAUCUACCGUCAGCAGCAUCAUCACAACAGAGGACCUCCCUAGUACCCCACCCUCAGUAGAAGAGGGUGGUGGUGGUGGCUCAACUGCAGAAGCGUUGGGGGUUCCUGACGAGAGCGUUGUCCCUGGGGUCUUAGUGGUCAAUGUGGAUGGGUCAACAGGUACUGGUGAAGAAGGCGAAGAAGGGGAUGUGUACAGUGUCCCUCUCGAGGAUAAGUUAGUCGGAGUGUUAGGUACUGAUGAGGGAGUGAUCCAAGUAUCUAGUGGAACAGAACCUGAUACUUUGGUGACCUCAGUGAUGGAGGGUGAAGGAGGAGGUCACACGGAUGCCACAACGCCAUCGAAGACUGACGAAGGUGAUGAGGUGACGGAGGAGACGACCCAGGUGACGAAGGUGGCUGACGUGAAGGACCAGAUGGAGUCGUCGGUGAUGAAGCAGGAGGAGGAGGACGUGGUCACCUCCACCAGCCGCCCUCUGGAGUACUCCUCCACUGAGUCUAAAUACCACAGCGAGGUGAUGACAGGGCUCCCAGCGUCCCUCACUGAGAACGGGGUCAUCACCUUCACCGUCGUCCAGAGUGAAGGUCAGACCAGCGAGGGACCCAACCUCGACGUGGAUGACAACACCGAGGACGUCCCCUACAUGACGAUGCCAGAUGACCACGAGGGCUUCGCCACUCACCAGGUCUCAAUCUUCGACGUGACUGAUCCUGCCUUGGACGCCGGCACUGAGACACCCUCCGUCACCCACCAGCCAGAGAAACUCCCCACGAAGGAUGUGAUGUUCUUCGAGCCUAAACCCACGUCACAUAGACCCUACGUCCGCCCAAUAGCUGGUGACAAGAGGAGCACCACUACCCCCCUCGACCCCUCCGCUACUACUGAGUCACUGCUGUACUGGAGCAUCAAGCCGACCCCUUCAGUAUUCGGUCGACCAAACUCCCCUCAGCACAGACCGACGCCCUCUCCUAUAGACAUCACCAACUUCAACCUAUCGCUCAUCACCUCCGAGAUCGAGGUCAUCACCGAUACUCCCCCAAGGUCCACCUUUGCUCCCAGACCUGAAAUGUUUCGUCCACGACCACAAGCAAAGGAAGAGACGACCACCACAGCCACGACCAUCACCCCACACGACAUCGUCACCAUGACAGAAACUUCAAAAGCGACCACAAAGAAGAUAAGUACUACUCAAGUUACCACCGAACCUAUGGCGACGACCCACAAGACGACCACUAGCUUGGCGACGACCCAAAAGACGACCACUAGCAUGGCGACGACCCAAAAGACGACCACUAGCUUGCCACUGUUGAUCUGGACACUAUCGCCCCAACCAUCUAUACUAGACGCUAUGCCUCCAAUGUCUGUGAUAUCUCAAGUAAUCUCGACCUCCAAGAAGCCACGACCCACGACAGAGCCCACUACGACCACCACGACCACCACGACGACCCCACAGUACGACUCACAGGAUCCAUUACACUACUGGACCAUCUCCCCUCAACCUCCCAUCAUGGAGAUUCGACCUCAGACAGAAAUCAUCAACUGGCUUGUCCCUCAAACGACCCAGACGACCUCAUUGGCUACGACCUCACCUAAUCUCGCUGACCCACUCGCCUUCUGGACGACAACACCCCCUGAGAAACGACUCCCGAGACCAACGACCACCACCAAGAUGGAUAUACCUCUGUUAAUCUGGACGACGACUAGACGACCCCAGCCAGAGUCGUUCAUGACCUCAACGACGGAGGAAGAGGAGAUGCAGGAGGAAGACAUAGAUAUGGAGCCAGCUAUUAUACCUGGAGACGUCCUGCAACACAUUACUGGAGACUUGCUUCAUCGACAACCCACCACCACCACCUCUCCCUUCAGUAGUCCCAGCAACACGGUGAAGCCUUGGCCGUCAUCCACAUAUGCCAUUGAAGCCUUUGUUUACGACGAACCAGCUGACAACAACAUCUCCAUGACUACCAAGACGACCAGCCGACCCACGACCAAACGACCCACGACCAUAACCAGACGCACCACGACCACAAAACCCACGACCAUAACCAGACGCACCACGACCACAAAACCCACGACCAUAACCAGACGCACCACGGACCAGACGCACCACGACCACAAAACCCGACCAUAA